AAGGACCCCGCGUGUGACGUCAGAGAGUUUCACCGGUGAAUAUUCGUCUGUCACCGCCGAAAAUAUUAAUCAAAAUCACCGUUAAACACCGUCAGUUCGACACAGUUUCACCCAUAAUCGCGCUGUGAGUGGUGGAUCUUUCGUUUCACGUCGAUAACUCGGAUUAAUUGACAUUGAUCCGUUGCUGACAUUCUCGCGACCGAACAAACAGAGGCAUUUAAAUCAGAAUCCGAAUCGAAUCUGAAUAUGAGCGCGCUUGAGACGGUGGAUCGAGUUGAGUUGUGUGAAAGUCUCUUGACAUGGAUUCAGACGUUUGGUGUGGAGGCGUCAUGUUCAACAGUAGAUCAGCUCACCAGUGGAGUCGCCAUGGCUCAAGUACUGCAGAAAAUUGAUGUGAUGUAUUUCACUGACGCUUGGAUCAGUCGUAUUAAACCUGAUGUCGGGGAUAACUGGAGAUUAAAGACCAGUAAUUUAAAGAAAAUAUUGAAAGGUAUUCUGGAUUAUAACCAUGAGGUGUUGGGGCAGCAGAUCACAGAUUUCACUCUUCCAGAUGUGAACCUCAUCGCAGAACAUGCAGACGCAGCUGAAUUGGGUCGCAUGCUGCAGCUCAUCUUAGGCUGCGCUGUUAACUGCGAACAGAAACAAGAAUACAUCCAGAGCAUAAUGAUGAUGGAGGAGUCGGUCCAGCACGUCGUCAUGACAGCCAUCCAAGAGCUGAUGAGUAAAGAGAUGCCCGUGUCCACAGGAAGUGACUCGUAUGGUGACCUGGACAGACAGUUGAAGACGACAGUGGAGGAGUUGAACGAUGCGUUGGCCAUUAAAGAGGAAAUCUCUCAACGCUGUCAUGAGCUCGACAUGCAGGUGGCAGCUCUACAGGAAGAGAAGGGCAGUCUGUUGGCAGAGAAUCAGGUGUUGAUGGAGCGUCUCAAUCAGUCAGACUCCAUUGAGGACCUGAACAGUCCAGCGGGUCGCAGACACCUGCAGCUGCAGACGCAACUAGAACAGCUGCAGGAGGAGACAUUCAGGUUGGAGGCUGCUAAGGACGAUUACCGCAUCCGCUGUGAGGAGCUGGAGAAGGAGUUACUGGAGGUCAGAGGUCAGAAUGAGGAGUUGACCUCUCUGGCUGAGGAGGCGCAGUCGCUCAAAGAUGAGAUGGAUGUGCUCAGGCACUCGUCUGAUAAGGUGUCUAAGCUGGAGGCUCAGAUUGAAGUGUACAAGAAGAAGCUGGAGGAUCUUGGAGAUCUGCGUCGUCAGGUGAAGCUGUUAGAGGAGAAGAACACGAGUUACAUGCAGAACACUGUGAGUCUGGAGGAAGAUCUGCGCAAGGCCAACACCGCACGAGGACAACUGGAGACGUACAAGAGACAGGUGGUGGAGCUUCAGAACAAACUCUCUGAAGAGUCCAAGAAAGCAGAUAAGAUGGAGUUUGAGUAUAAACGAGUGAAGGAGAAAGUGGACUCGCUUCAGAAGGAGAAAGACCGUAUGAGGACAGAACGAGACUCUCUGAAGGACACGAUUGAAGAGCUGAAGUGUGUUAAAGCUCAAGAGUGUCAGCUGACAUCAGGUCUGGUGCCGCUCGGCAGUAACGAGGCGUCUGAUUCGCUGGCUGCAGAGAUCAUCACGCCAGAGAUCCGGGAGCGUCUGAUUCGACUGCAGCAUGAGAAUAAGAUGUUGAAACUGGCGCAGGAGGGAUCAGAUAAUGAACAGAUCGCUCUGCUCAAGAGUUUACUAGAGGACGCCAACAGCAGAAAGAACGAACUGGAGAGUGAGAACAGGAGGGUGAAUCAGAGGUUAUUGACGGGUCAGUCUCAGGUGGAGGAGCUGCAGAAAUCUCUUCAGGAACACAGAUCUAAAUUAGAGGAUUCUGUUUUAAUGAAGAGGAAAUGCCAAGAGCAUCUUGAGAAAUUAAGAGACGCCACUAAUGAGCUUCAGAAGAAGAGUGCUUUAAUUGAAGAUCUGGAGAACAAACACACUUCCGGCGCUCGGAAGAUUGAAGAAUUGGUGGACGCUCUGAAGAAGAAAGAUGAAGACAUGAGACAGAUGGAGGAGAGAUACAAGAAAUACCUGGAGAAAGCCAAGAGUGUGAUCAGGAAUCUGGACCCUAAACAGAAUCAGGGUUCUGCUCCUGAAGUUCAAGCGCUGAAGAAUCAACUGCAGGAUAAAGAUAGGAUGCUGCACUCACUAGAGAAAGAAUAUGAUAAGACAAAGUGUCAACGAGAUCAAGAAGAGAAACUCAUUGUAUCUGCCUGGUACAACAUGGGGAUGGCUCUACAGAAGAAAGCAGCAGAAGAUCGUUUGGCCAGCACGGGUUCGGGUCAGUCUUUCCUCGCCCGGCAGAGACAGGCCAACAGCACACGCCGGGCGUAUCCGAGUCACGUGCAGCCCACCGCAACCAGGUAGAGCUUCCUGCCUCAGCUGUCGCCAUGGCUACCAUCAUCACAGUGGCGCUGUAGCUAAUCAGAACACUCGCUGUCUUACUCUCCUCUGAUGCCUGACAUGCGUCCUCCUCUUUCUCCUCUGGUGUUUUUGACUGUCAGUCAUGUACUGUAGUUUCCGGGUGUUUAAGAAGAGAUGCUGAUCACUUUACACUGCAGAUUCCACGUCAUUGACAGAAUCAACACACUCAUCUGGAAGUGAUUUAGAGAUGUUUCUUUAGCACACUGUCAUGUUUCAUAUAAUGUUUGUUUCCAUUUGCACGGACUUAUUAACCGUCUGUGACGGUAGUUUGUUUAAGAAACGUUGUAAACAAGGGCUUGCAGUCAUUUAAAGAUAAAGUGUGUUAAAAUACUUUCUCGGAUCUCAGUUUAAUGUUCAGAGUCGACUGUAAGUAAUCCAUUGAUAGUUCGGGUCAGACAUGUCUACUUCUGACUCAACCAAUAGCGUGAGUUUGGGGCGGGACUAUCUGUUUGACCAUCCAAUGGAAGAUGGGGGGAGUGUUUGUGAAACUUGUUUGAAAACGGAAUAUUUUUGGUGAGACUUAUGUUACAGAAACAACACACUUUGUCUUAAAUGAUCGUUAAGAGCGAACUGAAUCAAAACAGAGAUUAUUGGGAGUAUUUGUGACAGCUGUUCUGUGAUCAGUGUUUGUUUGCUUUAAGAGCAUCUCUGCUUAAACCCCGUCUAGACAUCUGUAUUUAUUCUGUCUGCAUUGUGUCAGGACAUAUUUCCUACAUAUGUUACGUUGAUACUUUACAUGUACUUUUCAUCAACACAUUGAUAUCUGUGCAUUGAAAGAGUGACAAUGUUGCACAGAAAUGAUGCCAAGUUUUCUUUAGAUAAACAUGAUCGUGAAGGCUGACGUGAGUUAAUCGCUGUUGUCAUGGCGAUUCUGCACUGACUGUACAUCUGUCAUGUUGUCACCAGCCGAGCGUUGCGUGUCUUAAGAGUUUGUGCUUAUUGUUGUAUGUUUGAUGUCACAUUCAUUCACGAUGCCUUAAUGGACACUCACUGAACUGAACUCCUGGUACUGUCUGUCAGGUGUGUUUCUGUCUGUAGUGAUGACAUCACAGGUCACAUGGAUCUCACAGGAUCAGGAUGUUCAGCGAGCAGUAACGUGUCUCUCUUUACUCAGAAUCAGAUGCUUCAUGAAUCUUCAGAUCACUUCAGUGGAUAUUUCUUUGAGGAAGUCACGUUAUAUUAAGGUCCCGUCCACACUGAUACAUUUUCAUUUAAAACACAUUGAUUUCGCUACGUUUACACCUCACACUCGUACUAGAACAGCGGUUUCCUCCACCGAAAACAGAGCAUUUCAACAAGUGCUCUCCAUUACCGCACGCUUUGGAAAACGAUGACAUUAGGAAACGGAUUAGUGUGGACGUGGCCUGAGGUUGUCGAGAUUUUAGAAAUGAAGAAACACGUUUCUCACAUUAUCUGAUCAUUUCUUCACAAUACUAACUAACAGCUUGAUCAAAAUGUAAAAUCGCCACCUAACUCAUUAAACAUGAUCAUGAAUAUGAAAGUCACCAUGAAACACGGUUCGCAAACCAUUUUACUUCCGUAAUUGUGGCCAACAUGUUUUGGAGAAAAAUGUUUCUUUAAUUAUUAAAUUGUUCCACCCUUUCAAUUGUUUUACUCGAAUUAAAGUUGAGAUUUUUGUGAAUAUUUUGAAUGAAAGAUCAAAAGGAUAAAAACGCACAGCCUUUGCUCAUAUUAGUGGAGGGUACUGUAUAACCUGCAGUUUGAGCAGUCAGUCUAAAAAAAAUCGUAUUUGAGAGAAAAAAAUCGGAUUUUUCUUGCUGUGUAAACAAAGCCGAAGUUGUAGGGUUAUUACAUUUUGAUGAAAGAUUAUAAAGAUUUUUUGUUUGUAGUAAACCUGCACUGAUGAAUCAGUCACAAUGUUAAGAAAACGACGAGUCAGUUUUGAUUUCAUGUUGACUUGAAGUGUCACCGACUCAUGUGUGUUUGACUGACAGCUGUCUAUCUCCUCUCUCUUCCAGUGAUGUUAAAGCAUGACCAGCAGGGGGUGGGGCUGCAUGACUCAUAUUGAUUUGUUCAUGCUGCUGAAUUUAACCUAUCCAUACACUAACUAACCCAUCAGCGUGCACAUGCUGUCCCAGAAUGCUAACCAUCAUGAGCUGUGUGCUUCUAACAUGCCGUGAGUGAGCUGUCAAUCAUUCUGACCUGUGAUCAGUGUUAUAGACUCACUGCAGUGACUGUUACAGUGUAAACCUUUAUUAACUUCCUGUUUGCCCGCAGGAAAUUAACCUGUAUGACUCUCACUUCUCUGUAUUGAUUUGAUUUGAUUUGAUUUCUAUUGAAUCUUCAUCAAUGUGGAGUGUAUCAGUAUUUUACCCCUGUAGUUUAUGAUUCAUAUGAAUGAAAUGCUUCAGACGUUACUGAAAGAGCCGCUGUGUAUUCAAGCCUUUAUAAUAAGCUGUUAAGAUGUAUUCUUUAUUUUAAUUACAUUAUGGCUUUUGCUUCUAGAUUCACUCGUGCUGUUGAACAUACAGAAUGAACGUCUGUAUGAAUGAAGAUUUAACUUCACCCUGAAAUUGCAGUAAAAUGUUACAAAUAUUGUACUGGCCUGUCACAUCUGGUACCGGUAGUAUUCAGCAAUCAGACACUUUUAUUCAUUUUUAUGCAAAAUCAUGAAGUGCUUUUACUUGAGUUAUUUUGAUGAUACAAUGUUACAAACUCCAACAGUAAAUCUUCUGUUGACAUUGAAACAUUCUCUGCUGCGUUUCUUCUUUAUUGGCUGUUACAAUUAAAUAUUCAUGUUACACAACGACACAGACGCCCGUCUGCAGACAUGUCAUUAUCAGUAUCUACAUGCAUACAUUUGAUUUCAUAUUCAAAGCAGUGUUUUUAUCCUCUUGUGUUGUUUUUAAUAGGAGAUUGAUUAUAUAUUGAGGGUUUGUUGUUUCCCCACUGAAUGCACAGCAGGUUUCUCUCAUGUGUGGAGUGAGGUCAGAGGUUAAACUUCUCUCCACCGUCCAUAACCAGAGAAACAUCUUCACACAUAUCUCACAGAACUAAUAACCUCAUGACAUCUACAGAGGAAACAUGGAGAAAUACUUCAGUCAUUAAGUUUUAUGGUUGCUGUAUAAUUGUGUUUUUUAAAUGAAUUGAACUUUCAUAAUCUUCGUAGCUGAAGCAGCAGAAGCUCUUUCCAUUUGCCAAGUUUUAUAUUGCUUGUAUACAAUCUGUACAUACCGUAUGGAGCAUCAGUGCACAGUUAAAAACAUGGAUUGAUUAUUAGAUUCAUUUCAUGUGUCUGUAUUAAAACUGUUGAUCGAUUUGUGCUUCCAAAACUGUACAGUUGAAGUUCAAGUUGUAAAUAAAGCUUGUAUAAAACAUUCAUGAUUCAAAAG